AUGGAAAGCACGGCCGGCUUCCUGCCCGCUGCUGAUAGCAUCAGCUCUUACUCAUUUUUAAUCAGCUCUGAAAACAGCAGCCAGUUUCAUGCUGGAAAAGAGGCAUCGGCCCCAGUCCUGCAAUCCUUUCCUCAGCAGGCCAUGUCCUCCUCCAUCAGAAUUGAAUCUAUCGGGAAGGAGAAGAACCGGAUGGGGGAAUGUCCGGUCUGGGAAGAACGGGAGAACGCGCUCAUCUACGUUGACAUUAACGGCCAGAAAGUCUGCCGCUGGAGCGCCGUCAGCCAUGAGGUGCAGUGCGUGUCUGUGGAUGCCCGUGUCAGCUCUGUGGCCCUGCGGCAACGUGGGGGCUACGUCAUCACCCUGGGGACCAGGUUUGCCUUUCUGGACUGGGACACCCAGAAGGUCACCACCAUCCUUGAGCUUGAGCAGGAUAAACCCAACAACAGGUUCAAUGAUGGCAAAGUGGAUCCAAAGGGGAGGUAUUUUGCUGGCACGAUGGCUGAGGAGACAGCACCAGGGGUCCGAGCAAGACGGCAAGGGGCUCUCUACACUCUUUUCCCUGACCUAUCAGUAAUAAAACAGUUAGAUGAAGUGGACAUCUCCAAUGGUCUGGACUGGUCCCUGGACCACAGGACCUUCUUUCACAUUGACAGCCUGGCGUACGCUGUGCAUGCCUUCAGCUAUGACGUGUGCACUGGAAAGAUUGCCUGCCCCAGACUGGUGUACCACUUGGAGGAGGAGGAGCAGAUGCCUGACGGGAUGUGCAUUGAUGCAGAGGGGAAGCUCUGGGUGGCCUGCAUUGAUGGAGGAAGAGUGAUCCGCAUUGAUCCAGAGACAGGGAAAAGAAUCCAAACUGUGAGGCUGCCAACUUCAAGGAUCACCUCCUGCUGCUUUGGAGGAAAGGACUACGCGGAGAUGUACGUGACGUCUGCCUACGAUGGGUUGGACGAGGCCACCCUGGCCAAGGAGCCUCAGGCAGGAGAGAUAUUCAAGGCCUGGGUGUUAAAGGGAUCCCACAGAAUUUUUUUGCUGCUUAGGAGUUACCACUAAGUAACAAAUGAGAAGUGCUUGCCUCUUCUAGUAAUUCGGGGAAGGAGAAGUCCAAUGAACUACAGAAUCAUCCCUGCGAGGAUUUCUAAACCCAUGAUUGAGAAUGUGCUUGUUUGGAACUGAAGAUAUACUUUCUUCUGUGGGCCCAUGCUAUGUUACAAUAGGUCAGAGAGGUAAAGUGUUACAAAGUCUUCUGUGACUUUACAUAAACUUCUUUGAGCUUGAGCUUAGUUUUUUUGAGCUUUCUGAUGACCAGCUCUGGAUUUUCAUGUCUCUGUGGUUCCCAAAGCAGAUCUGGCUCCUGGUCUGUCUCUUCAUGAGACAAUGAUGUAAGAGAAAUGAUACAGCUGAUUUUAAUACACAUUUUGAGAGUGAUAACUGGAACAAGACUGCUCCUUUGCUGUGGGCUUUCAUCUCUGAUUUGAAGUAUUCAGGCUCCAAUUUUAGGUUGUAGGUCAUUUCUAUUUUCUUUGCCACAAUUUUUUUUUCUGU